GUUGCGUGUGGAAAAUUAAAAUGGUCACGGUGUAAAUUAUGUACUAGUCUAUUUUAACCUAUCUUGUAGACACAUAUGAUGAACGAGUGACGACAAUAUUAGACAUAUUUUGUAAAGCGUUUUAACUUGGAUUGCGGAUUCCUACAUUCGCGGUGUGAUGUGAAGGCAUUAGCUCAGGCAGGGUCAGACGCAGUGAAGCCGCGGACUGUUGUCAUCUGCCCGGACUGCGCGAGUCGAGCUUCGUGUUGAUCAGUAAUGGCCGGUAUUAAAGCUCUCAUCAGUUUGUCCUUUGGAGGGGCCAUCGGCCUCAUGUUCCUCAUGCUGGGAUGUGCCCUGCCUGUCUACAACAAAUACUGGCCUCUGUUCCUCCUCUUCUUCUACAUCCUCUCCCCGGUCCCCUACUGCGUCUCGCGGCGAGUGGCGGACGACACCGACUCGGCCAGUAAUGCCUGCAAAGAGCUGGCCAUCUUCCUCACGACGGGCAUCGUCAUCUCGGCCUUUGGUCUGCCCAUCAUCUUUGCCAGAGCAGAAGUGAUCGCCUGGGGGGCGUGUGCACUUGUGCUCACUGGCAACGUAGUCAUCUUCGCCACCAUCCUGGGCUUCUUCAUGGUGUUCGGAUCCAACGACGACUUCAGUUGGCAGCAGUGGUAAACCCGCAGGGAGAGGGAGGGAGGGAGGGAGGGAGGGAGGGGUGAGCAGUUUUUAUUAUUAGUUAUUACGACUCGCUAUUACUGUUUGGUUCUUGUUGUAGUAAUUUAUAUGACGACCGCCCGUCCAUCACACCAAACCAGUGCAAUACUCUUUUGUUCUCUUUUUUUUUUUUUUUUUUUUUACCGCCUGAGGCCGGAUGGAUAUGCUGACUUAUAGCUGGGUUUCGCUGUGAAUCUGUGUUUGUUGUGUCGUGAGCCGGACGACCUGUUACAAGUAUCACCUCAACGUUACAGUUGAGAUUCUCAUCUGUCUCAGGUGAGGCGUCUCUUAAAGGUUUACAGCCACACUGAGAAGCGCCGAGUGUCUCAAUCACAAGCCCUUUUAUAUCAGUACUGACGUCACAGAGCCAUCAUCUAUCGAUAUCUGGAGCCUCUUAAACUGUCCACUCACCUCCACAGAGGCUUUGUCUCUCACCUCUUCGAGGUCCACAAACAAAACACUAAAGUUCCGUGUCAAGUUGGAGGCCACAAGGGUCCUAAAUUGGCCCGCUGGCCUUGAGUUUGAGACACAAGCUCAUCCCACUCCUAUGUUCAAUUCACACGUUUUAUCCCUCCUCUUUUAUUGCCUAUGUAUCACUAUUCUUAAGUACUGCUUCAAAUAGGUCAACUCAGCAGUGAUCAGUUCUAACACGUACUGGUACAGCUAUGAAAACAGAUGGAUCCCUGCAUUCGAUCCAAUAUUUGACCUGAAGGACAAAACACGAGGUUCUGUGAAGCCUGAACCACCGAUAUUGUUAAUCACUGGCUUUAAAAAAAAGUUGCUGCUUUAAGCAUUUUACUGAAAAUUUUGAUUUUAAGUGACUCCUGACAUUUAAAGAAGUAAGUUGUUUGUUUGGGUCUGGUUUUUAAGUCUGUACUAUUUAAGAGAAUAAGAAAAUGCAGAGAUUAAAAAAACAAAUUCUAAUUCUUCCAUGGAUCUUGUUCUGAGGUUGACUCACUGGUCUGGCCAUUAAUGCAUUAACUUGAGUGACAGCUACAGACCUGUAAGCGUCUGCAGCUCGAUGAUGUGCUCACCUUUCCUCGGCUCACAGUGUGGCUGCUAACAGACUUAAAAGACUCGGCAUUGAUGACAGACAAUGUUCUCUGUGACAAACCAGGGCUUUCUGUUGUUUGUGGGUCACAUGACUUUCUCAGACAGUUCCUCAAAAUUCCAUUGGAAUUGCUAAAUCUCCCAGCUGACCCGCCACUUUCUCUCCAGCCCGGUCCGGCCCGGGACUCGAGCUUUUCAGUGGGACUCCUCGGCCCAGUCUGCCUCUCGAGAAGCACAUUUGCAUUUUGCCGCACACCAGCAGACACCGACCUGGUUUCAGGUUCUGUUUCCAAAUUUGUGUUCUGAGGUUGGGGGUCGACACCCGUUCACUGGAGGCGCUACUGAGCUGCUGCAGCUGCUGCACCUUUCAUUUCUUGACGUGGAUUAUGUUGUUGUGAUCUGAUGAAGGAAACACUCAUCCACCCGCUCUCUGGAAGAAUCUGACAUUAUCACUGCUCUGUGACUGUUCUGAGAGGCCAGGCUCACAACUCCGCUCCUCAUUUUGCCAAUUUUAACAUUCCUAAAUGAUGAUGAUGUGAUGGUACCUUCCUGAGCUGUUUAACCAAUUUAGUUUGGCAGAGAACUUCCUGUCUGUCGAGCAGAAGAGUUGAACUCAGGGCUACUGCCUGGUCGGAGCGAGUCUCACAGAGAGUCUUGCUUGUGUCAUCGGUCAGCACUACUGAUGACUCCUUCCAUUACUGGAUCGAAUGUCACGGGACAUAGAGAAUCAGAGUCGUGACUCAUGGGUUAAUGUGCAGACUGAGGUCUGGCUAGUUUUGAGGCGGUGAUAAAGUUAGUUUGUUUUUACUGGACAGGUUUAGCAGAACCAGGGCCCAACUCUCUGCUGGCUGUUACUGAGACUCAUGUUUCAGCUCCAGAAUGUCCAGGAGCCUAACCGGCGCCGUCUCCUUCCAGAGAGCAACCUUUUCCUAUUCCGAGCAGCAGAGCGACGGCAGCUUCUCAAUUUAAACUACUGACAUGAUACUGAGCGAGUCCACGGUCAGGGAAACACUGACCCACUGUAGUUCUUGAAAUCGGAGUCCCUCAUGUGAGACAGUGUCCCAACAUGGCAGAGAGGGUGUUGUGUAUUUAUUUAUGUGUGAGAGCAUCAGUUCUUUUCUGUUCUGUUCGGUCCUUUGUGUCGAGGCUGAAGUCAGCACGGUGGUUUGACUUUGUUUUUCAAUAAACGCCAUUUUCAAACAUC